GGGAGGGUAAUGGGAGAAAAAAUCAGCGAAGAUUUUAUUUCAAUUAGCAAUUAUUGUGUUUUUUGCGGCGGAACGUAGAGAGCUUGGAAGGUUGCAGUUCUUCGCCUGCAGACAGCAAAAGGAAGUUGGCGUCCAAGAGGAUCAUUUUAUUCGCCUCCAGCGACGAUCCACACAAGGGAAAAUUGGAUCUCCAAAAGCAUGCUAGACAAAAGUCGCAGGAUUUGAAAGACAAUGGAGUGGAAAUUGAGUUGCUACCGAUUGGUUCUCGGGACUUCAAUGUCAACACUUUUUACGAAACAAUUGUGACCAGUGCAGAAACAGAUGCGACUGAGAAAUUGCAACAGAUGCAAGAAAGAGUGAGAAAGAGGGCCUAUAAAAGGAGACCCAAUGGACACGUGGAGCUGGAAAUUGCCCCUGAUUUGAAAAUCUCCGUUGAAGUUUACAACCUGGUUAGGUCGUUGAAUAAACCAACUGCUGUCAAGCUCUCCAAGCGCACUAAUGAAGAAGUUCUGGCCAUAACCAACACCUUUACAAAAGAAACCGGCCAGCUUCUCAUGUCUGAUGAUGUGGUGAAAACGCAGGAAUAUGGUGGCAAGAAAUUCGCAUUUUCUCAAGCAGAAGCGAGAGAAAUCAAGAGUAUCCUGAAAGACCCCAUCAUCAGGAUCGUUGGGUUCACUAAGCUGGAUACUGUAGUCAAGCAAGAACCUUCAGAACCAGACCCUGCUGAUCCAGACACUGUCAUCAACAAACCCUUGAAGCAUAUGAAAUUACAACAUCACGUGGCCCCAGCAUCCUUCAUUUACCCUGACGAAAAAAACAUCAAAGGAUCGACCAAGUUAUUCAAGGCCCUGUUGAGUCGGUGUUUUGUGAGAGGUGUUGCCCCAAUUGCCUGGUUCAUGCCCAGAAGGAAUGUCAAUUUGAGACUGGUUGCACUGGUGCCUGAAACUGAUGAUGAUGAUGUUGGUGGGAACCGCUUGACACCACCUGGGUUCCACGUGGUUCCUUUGCCAUAUGCGGGUUCGUCAUUUUUGUUGUUGUUGCGUUGA